UGCCCAAAAGCACCCAAUCAGACCGCGUUCCUUUGCUAGCGUUAGCAUCUCCCAGGCACAACAACAGCUCGCUCAAUUGCUUGUUAGCAUUCGGUUGCCCAACAACAAAAAUGGCCAUGUCGGAUUGAAUUCUAUGGUUUAUUGUCGACUGUGCCGACAUUUUAACGUGUGCUUUCCUCGGGUGCGGUUUUUAGUUGCCGGUGACGCGUCAUCGGUCGUCUUGGCUGCUAGCUAAGGUAUUGCUAGGCGGCGGAGGAAGAAGAUGGGCUCCAUCCUGAGUCGCAGAAUCGCUGGGGUUGAGGAUAUCGACAUCCAAGCUAAUUCGGCAUAUCGUUUUCCGCCAAAAUCCGGGAAUUAUUUUGCCAGUCAUUUUUUCAUGGGAGGAGAGAAGUUUGACACGCCGCAUCCUGAGGGAUACCUUUUCGGGGAGAACAUGGAUUUGAAUUUUCUGGGAAACAGGCCUGUGCAGUUCCCUUAUGUCACACCUGCACCGCACGAGCCGGUGAAAACCCUCAGAAGUCUGGUCAAUAUUCGGAAGGACUCAUUGCGUUUGGUCAGGUAUAAAGAUGACUCUGACGCUCCCGUGGAGGAGGGCGGCAAACCCAAAGUCCAGUACGGGGUGGAGUUCACCUUUGAUGCUGACGCUCGGGUGGCCAUCACCCUCUACUGCCAGGCCUUUGAGGAGUUCUCCAAUGGGAUGGCUGUGUACAGCCCGAAGGAUCCAACAAUGGCCUCAGAGACGGUCCACUACAAGAGGGGCGUCAGCCAGCAGUUCUCGAUGCCGUCUUUCAAAAUAGACUUCAGCGAGUGGAAAGAGGAAGACCUGAACUUUGACCUGGACCGAGGAGUGUUUCCCAUGGUGAUCCAAGCGGUGGUGGACGAAGGGGAUGAUUGCCUCGGACAUGCUCACGUUCUUUUAGCAGCCUUUGAACGACACGUCGAUGGGAGUUUCUCCGUCAAGCCACUGAAGCAAAAGCAAAUUGUGGACCGUGUAAGCUACCUCCUGCAGGAGAUCUACGGCAUCGAGAACAAGAACAACCAAGAAACUAAGCCGUCAGAUGACGAGAACAGCGACAACAGCAACGAGUGCGUUGUGUGUUUGUCGGACCUGCGGGACACUCUCAUCCUGCCCUGCAGACAUUUGUGCCUGUGCAACUCGUGCGCCGACACCUUGCGGUACCAAGCCAACAACUGUCCCAUCUGCAGGCUGCCCUUCAGGGCCUUGCUGCAGAUCCGAGCUGUGAGGAAAAAGCCCGGAGCGCUCUCUCCUGUCUCCUUCAGUCCAGUUCUGGCUCAGACGAUGGACCAUGACGAGCAUUCUAGCUCCGACUCGGUCCCACCCGGUUUUGAGCCCGUGUCGCUGUUGGAGGCCCUGAACGGCAUGCGGUCUGUGUCCCCCGCUAUUCCCUCGGCGCCCCUCUACGACGACAUCAACUUCUCGGGGGGCGACGGCAGACAGCUGAGCUCCCCCGAGCAUCUGAGCGACGGCGGGCUGCAGAAAGGCAAAGUCAGCAAGUCGCCUGACAGCACCCUGAGGUCGCCGUCUUCUCCCAUCCAGGAGGAGGAUGAGGAGAAGUUGUCAGAGAUGUCAGACGCUCAGCCGCACACGCUUCUGUCCAGCAGUCCCGCCCCCACGGACGCCACAGCGACCGAGGACGUUGCCGACUCGCUGUCCCCAGAUGAUGACGACAGGAUGCACGCCGGCGCCGACAUCCUCCAGGACUGUGGCAGCGAGCACAGCGGCUCGACUAAGACAGAGAGCGACCCCCCGGGCGAGCUGUCGCUGCCAGCCCUAGGUCCCGACUCCUGCUCUGUUGGUAUGGAGGAGUAACUGCGGGUCGUCCGAAUCGACGGAGAGCCUGAAGAGUCAGAGCACAAACUGCUCCAGCCAGCCUCUCCUGUGCCCCACUAGCAGCUUCCACAGGGAGGACGAGCACCUUCUCCCCUGACCCGGCCCCCCUCCUCUUCAUCCACAUCCAUGCUUUCUCCUGCCUUCCCGUCCCCACUGAGGAUUCCCUUUACUCCAUCAGGGCUAACAUGUAGGAAACCACUACUUUUACUAAACGUGGAUGCUUCAGACUACUCGUCACGGCUGUGCUGUUUAAAGCACACUUACUGUGUUUAAACGUCAUUAACACUACAUUCAGACACAUUUAACCUCAUGUCUGGUUUUAGUACGCUAUUCACCAUUUCUAACACAUCUGCAGAUCUUUCAAAGCAUAUUCUAGUUUCCUGGCUUUUUUUGGAGGCGAGUUUUGCACUCUGACCAAAUCGUUUAGAAUCCAUUCCAGGCUUUAUGGGGAGAUUGCAUUAUUUUACACAAAAGAUGUAUUAAGGCCACGCUGAAAAGAUGACUACAAAUAUAUUUUUGGAGUAAAGGAAGUCAAAAAUGAGCAAGUAAAGUUGUCAGAUAUAUAUCAGAAAUAAUACUUUUCACUCAUGACCGUGCUUGUUUUUUUAUGUGACUUUCUUCUCAUAAAAUUAGCAUUUUAUUCUGUUUUGAACCCACGUUUGACAUUAUUCCUGCAAUAUACCGACUUUUUGUGUCACGAAAUAACUGCUUUAUCCUCGCAUUUCAGUGACAUUUGUCAUAAAAAUUGAAACAUUUUGCCUCGCAGUAAACUUUUUUUUAUAUUUAGUUUGUUUUGCUUUAUUCUUGCAUUAGUCUAACUUUUUGAAUGUAAAAUUAUUAAUCCAUUGUCACAAUAUUCACUUUUUUUUCCUGUAAAACUUUAUUCUUGCAAUAUAGCAACACUUUUUGUAUUCAGAUUUUGUUUUGGUAAAAUACACUAAUAAGUAUUUUGUAGAUUAAAAUGAAGACUUUGCCACAAUAUAACAACUUUAACAAGCUUUUGGUUGUAAAAUGAUGACUUCAUCUUAAAUGAUGACUUUAGUCUCAAAAUGUUUGUCAUGGAAUUACAACCAAUUUCACAAUAUUCCCUUUUUAAUUAUGAAAUUGCAACCUUAUCACAAUGUUGGGCAAUAUCCAAUUUCUUCACCAGAUAAUUACACCUUUUAUCCUCACAAUAUUACCAUUUUUCUUUGUAAAUGUUUGACUUUGUUGACUUUUUUUUAACUUCUCAGUGUGGCCUAAAUACCUUCUCAUAAUGUUUAACACGUACUAAAUCUAUUCUCAUACUCGUACUGGGAAUCCUGCGUUACUUUUCCAGUUGUAUCCUCGUAUGAUAUGCGUGUAAAUGUUAUUUAGAGAAAAGAAAAUGCUGAUAUAGACAUAAGGGACGAGAUGCAGUUAAAGGCGUAUAUUCUGUAUAAAUUCAUAAGCGCUACAACUUGAAUUCAUUGCUUGAGAGCGUGCUACGAGUAAAUAUGCUUCAGCUGUGUGCUUAUGUGAAGUGGUUGCAAAAGAAAAACGGAGCAUUCUGUACAUCUUUGUGCCUUCAGUUGAUUAGUUUGCCUGCUUGUUGCAUUGACGACAUCUUUCCUGAAAAAUGCCACAAACUGGAUAUUUGACACACAGAGCCUCUUAGGCAAUAUGAAACGUAAGUGUUGCGUAUUAAUGACAUAAUUACGCAUUUAAUCUACAGGUAUAAGACCACAUCCGACAACAUGUGCAUUUGCUUUCUUUUUUUUGGCUCCUUCUCUGUGCCAUUUCAACUCGACUCCGUGCCUUUCCUGUCCUUGUUCUGACCACAUAUGGACCUGGUAUCCAGGAAGAAAGAAAAAAAAAAAAAGUC